CCCAUUCUCUUCUGACGAUGGCCGCCGAAACACACGUGCCAGAUUCAAAUGCGCGUAAACCGCAACGCAAAUUAAAAAACUCAAUUCUCGACAACUUCAGCAAGAUAACGAAUCCAAAUGAAAAAGUGCGCGUCAAAAGUGGACUGAAUCUUAUCGGUCAACUGGUCGAAACCGAAGAACAGGACGAAACCGAAUUGAAGUAUGCAUUGGGAAGGAUAAUACGUGGACUGGGAUCGUCCACUAGUCAUGCCAGGACCGGUUUCUUUGCGGCCUUGGUCGGUUUGCUGAGUGUCAAUACGGAAAUAACUUGCGAGGAGGUAUUUGAACAGGUCGAGAAACACUUGCACAAAACAGGCAGCAAUUCUAAGCGCGAAAAUGCAGAUAUUUGUUCUGGACAAAUUUUGGCAUGUGGUGCGAUCAUUAGAUCAGAAUUGUACCAGAAGGCUGAAGUGGAAGAUCAGAAGAAAGUUAUUGAGAUACUUUUGUCAGCUGGAAGAGAAAGGAGUUACUUGAUUUUGAUAUCCUAUAUUAUUAUUUUGGAUUUGUUGGAAACAGUGACAGAUAAACAUGCUCAGAAGAAUAUUUUUCCUUUGAUUGAGUCAGAAUUUUCUAAACCUUUAACAGAAUACACAAUUGACACUUUACAUUUUCUGCUAGGUAUACAGACUGUUAAACCUAAAUUAAUUACAGAACAGUUUUUAAAAACAACUUUGGGUAUUAAUACAGUCAUUUGUGAUGAUACUUUAACAACGCUCGCCGAUAUUAUUACUACAAUUCCAAGGAUUACAUCUUUAAAACACCCAAUUUACAAACUGCUGGCAGAAAAGUUGUCAAAGUCGGAGUUAUUACAGCAGUUUUUCCUAGCCUUAGAUGCACAUCUCACCAAACCGAAUAGAAAUAAGCAUUUAGUUUUUGCAGAACUUUUUGCCAAUAUUUUGGACAAUUUGGAGGAUUUCAGCACAAUUCCUGAUUUACUAACAGAAAACUUCGUGAAACAAACAAUCAACUACUUUAAAUCUUUCACCAAAAACAGAAAGGAUAUGGAGUUUCAAAAACACAUGCAUGAAUUCUUCGAAAAGCUCUUAGUAACUUUGAAAAAACCGACAGUUUCAACCAGUAUUAAAAUCGACGUUUUAAAACGUUUAUUGUUUUACCCAGGCACCUUUAUAUUUGAAAAGAUUACAAGGAGCAAAAUUAUACAACACAUAACUUUGACCUUUGAUGUGGAGGGCGUAAAAGAACUGUCAGACGUUUACUCUGACGUUGUAACUGGAAAUCUGCGGAUUGAUAUUGGUCCUAACACAAAUGAAACAUGGUUGAACAAUGAUAGAUUAUACGCCGCCCACAUGUUGGUGAAAUUGUUACGUUUACCUGUUGUACAAAAGGAAAACGAUUGGAAGGCGGAUAAAUUAGGUUUCCUAAUGAACCUCAGUCUGGUUAAAAAGGGGGGCAUAUCAAACAUAGGUGUUGAAUUAGCAGCGUCGUUAAAAGAAGCUUUUUACGGUGCCUUGGAUUUAAAACCGGCUAAACUGGAGGACAUUCAAACUAUACUAUUGAAGCUGGUCCGCAGUUUCGACGAGAAAAUCAACGAAUCAAACCUCGAGACAAUUUUACGAAACCCCAUAAGCGAAGACGAAUAUAAAACUUGGCAGAAAACUUUAGAAACCAUCUCGAAAAUCGAGAAAAAACGAAAGAAGACGCAAGGCGUUAAGUCGGUGUUUUUGACGUUGUUUUUGUAUAUGAGUUUGCAGAUUUUCAACGAUCCGAAGCUUGCCUUACAAACGUUGAAGGAACUAUUCAGUUGUUAUGAAAGAGUACGCAAAAAUCGCAAGAACAGUUUGAAUGACACGGAGGUGAAUGAAACUGAAAACAGUGAAGAUCCACUUUGGAUUGAAGUGGUUGUUGAUUUGUUCCUCAAUUUGUUGUCGCACAAUUCGCAUCUGUUGCGCAGCGUGAUAGGCAACGUGUUUCCGCAUUUGUGCGGCUACUUGAACGCUACCGCCAUCCAUCAGAUUUUAAGCGUUUUGGAUCCGAAGAACGACGACAAUCCUCUGUCACAAGACAGCGACGAUGAUGAUGAUGAUGAUGAUGAUGAUGAGGAUGAUGAGUCUGAUCCAGAAGGAGAGGAGGACUCUGAUGAGUCUGAUGAGGACGAGGAUGAAGUCGACGAAGAGGAAGACGAGGAUAUGGGUGAGGAAAAGUCAACUGAUAGACUAAGAAUAGCCUUACAUCAAGCUUUAAAGUCCAAUAAUUUGGACGACGACCAAGAAUCUAUCGAUCUGGACCAAUUAAGUGAUUCUGAGGGCCAAAAACUAGAUGAAGCAUUGGCGGAAGCCUUCAAACAGUUCAGGCCGAAAAAAGGCAAGUCUAAGAAGCAAAACAAAGAUUCUGAGACGUUGACUCACUUUAGAAUAAGAGCCUUAGACUUGAUUGAAAUUUAUUUGGAUUCUAAUCCUGAUAUGCUCCUAACAUUAGAAAUUAUGUUGCCCCUAUUACAAGCAGUUGAAUUCAGCAUCCGAGACGAGCACCAACAACCUUUACACAUGAGACUCAAGGCGAUUUUAAAGAAGUUAAGCACGUUGAAAAAGUUCGAAACGACGGACGGUGUAACUCCGGUUGUUUUGGCCGAUUUACUCAAGAGUUUGCUGGAAAAAGGCACCAAAAACACGGUAAUAAUCCAAGAAAUGGGGGAACAAAUCGCCGAGUGUUGCAUUUUCGUUAUAAAAUGCUCGUUGGGUUUGAUUACCACAGAAACUCCGAAAAAAGUAAAGAAACAUCUUAAACAAGAUCUUACCCAAAUAAUAACGGAGGAACUGAAUAAUUUCUUCACCAAACGUGACUGUUUAACGCCGUACGUUUUGUUCAAGAACGCCCUGAACUUGUCCUGGGAGGGAUCAUUGGAUUUGUGCUCGAAUUUGUUAGGUUUCGUGCACGGUGACAUCAAGCCGUUUAAAAAAGCCCAAGCGUUGGAACUGUUGAAGAUAUUUUUCGCCAAUCAAAGAUUUUUAAGUCAAAGUCCGAAUAAAUAUAAGAAGAAACUGAAGGUGGACGUUGAAACUUUCAUUCAACAAACCAUAGAAUUGUUCGAGGAGAUGUGUGAAAAUCCCGCUGAGAAUAAGGUGAAAGAGAAAUUCUUGUGUAACUUGUUCCACGUUUUAACCGGCAUCAAAUCAAGCCCUCUAAAAUUCGAAUUUGAUUGGGAAAAAGUCGGAAAUGUCGUGAGGGAAUACAGGACGUUCGUCAGCUUCUCGAAAGAUGCGAAGACUGCGUACAACAAACUUUGUUCCAAUUUAGGCGUACCACACGUGGUCAAAAUGAAGAGCAUUACAAAACUGUUGGACCCAACCAAAGACGAUGAUGAAGAGGAGGUGACACAAAAGGUAAAAACCGACAAGAAAAAGAAGAAAAAGCUUAAUAAGGACAAUUUAAAAUUGAAAAAGGAAGCGAAAAUGUUGCGACUACAAAGUUUAUCUGAAGGAUUAUCGAACACAGUUGGUUUUGCAAGCCAAGAUUUCACGGAUCAGUCACAAGAUGUAGAAAUGAAGGAAGUUGAGGAGAUUGAAAAGAAAAGCAAGAAGAGGAAGAGCGAAAAUGUGGAGAAUGGGAUAAAUGGUACAAGUAAAAAAACUAAAGCUGACACACCCAAAAGAGCAAAGAAGAAGAAAGCUGUUUGAUUUAUUAUUAUUAUGUUUUUAUAUUAUAUGAUAAAUUAGUUUUACAUUAAAUUUUUAUUGUAUUUUGUCUUAUUUAAAUAUAUUAAAACCUCAAAAUAGU